GACAAAAAAGCCCCGAACUUUCCUCCUCACUUUCUUUCUCCCUUCCUUGUCAGUGCAAACUCUGCUGCACGUUUCUGAUCAGAUUCCUGGCAUGGCUUCCUCUCUCGCGAGCCGCUCUUUCACUCUCGCAACCCUCGCGCCGCGUGCCUGUGCUGCAAGAAGCUGCUAUCAUUCUGUUUCUCGCUUUGCAGCCCCAAUCCAGACAUUUUGCAAUUCUGCUGAUCUGAGCAGCCUGCGCCGGUGCCCCCUUCAAAAAUUUGCACCAGCUAACAGGACGUUGAGACGAGCUGACGUCAGCGGGAUCCGCGCAAUGGCCACCAAGGUAGAGAAGUCGGAUCAGGAGUGGCGGGCGGUUCUGAGCCCUGAGCAGUUCCGGGUGCUAAGGCAAAAGGGCACAGAGUAUCCUGGCAGCAGUCCUCUAGACAAGACAUACGACGACGGUGUGUAUGAGUGCGCUGGCUGCGGCACCCCCCUCUACAAGUCUACCACAAAGUUCAAGUCCGGCUGCGGUUGGCCCGCGUUCUACGAGGGGCUUCCAGGCGCGAUCACCAGACACCCUGACCCAGACGGCCGGAGAAUCGAGAUCACUUGCACUGCAUGCGGCGGCCAUUUGGGGCACGUUUUCAAGGGCGAAGGGUUUGACACCCCCACUGAUGAGAGGCAUUGUGUCAAUGGGAUUUCCUUGAAGUUUACUUCAGGGGAGUAGGCGUUGGCAACUUCCAUCAGUAAAAGGAGUGUGCGAGUGCGUGGUUGAUCUCAGAUCGAAAAUUGUACAGAUAUAACAAUCAUAGAUGCAAGAGUAUUGUAACUAAGUUGGAAAAUGAGUUGUUUAUCCAGUCGUCGUGCUUUUUGCUCUGUUGUAGCUUGCGCCGGGGUUGCUAGCAUGCAGAAAUGAGCCGUAUUUAUUUUAGCAUGCAGAUUGUGCUGCUAUUAUGAUUGCUUCCA